AUGUUGAAAGAGAUAUAUAAUAUAUUACAAACAACUACUACAGGAUCUUUAUGCUCUUCCUCACACCUCUUUGGUUCACAGCUAACUACGAAUAUCAUUGAAGGUCCAACCGAGAUACAAGAGAUCUUCAACCGUUUAGUAGCUUCUGACUCAUCCCUUAACAUCGUAGAAGAAAUAGUUGAAUGUAAAAUAUUAAAAAAAACUAGAUUUAAUAAUAGACAAGAAUCCGAAAUAGUUUUAGCAAAAUUCAUGUUGUUUGUAAUAUAUAUUAUAUUGAUCGAUGUUUGCAAACUUAAAGAAAAGCUUUAA